AUGCUGGGGAACUUCAAAGAAGCGUUGAAGUUGACACAUUUCGUCCGCAUUCCACUUGUGACUCGCGCAUCGCUCCCACAGCUCUUGAAAUCAUACAGUCGCAUUGAAAAGGAUACCAUUUCCGGUGUUAUACCUAAAGGUGCAUUCACUCACCCUGCUAAUCUACAUCUCUCGCUCGGGGAAUUGAGCCUCACCACUCGCAGAAAAGUCGAGGCUGCUUUGAAGAUACUCAGGUCAGCGAUAGCGCGACACGAAGACAGGCCACUCACUGCUCACGUCGUCGGGAUUGGGAAUUCUUUGCUUUCACAUUAUUCCAGAGAUCUUCCAAGAGCCUUGCGACUCUUCUCAAGACUGGAAGACCCUACCAAAUCUCUCCAAAGGUUUUGUCAAGGCGUCAACUCAGACCUUCGAGAUGAAGGCCUUAUGAAGCUAAGACCCUUUGAAAAUGGUCAAGUACCUCUUCAAACAAGAGUGAUGGAUACUCGCCGCCUUGCCAGGGACCCAACAAUGGAUAAGCAGCAUAAACGGUCGAAGCCAAGAAUUGAUGCUACGAAUAUACAUCGAAAGUAUAAAGACUUUGUAUUGAUGGAAGAUGUGCGGCUUCAAGAGCUGCAUAUCAGCGAGAUCGGGCUGACGAAGGUGCAAUACGAAGACGUCAUGGUGGCUGGAUACCGCAAUAUAGCGACUCUCGCCCUUCCUGGCAAUGCCGGAGACGGUACGGAACCACUACAAGCCGAAACGGAAGUUAGGAUCCCGGUUCGAACUCCACGUUACCGGGUCCGAUAG